AUGUUCUUUGCGUUGGUGCUCCUGUCGCUUGGGCAGCUGGGUACCGCGCUUCCUGGAGGUAUUCCUGUGGUGCCGAUCAAGGGAGUCCAGGGCCCCGUGGAUUUCCCGCUGUUGGGGAUCGGGACCUGGCAGUACAACAACACCGUGGCCAAGACCUCUAGAGUUGUCUGGCAGCCGUUGCCGUUGCGAGUUCACGACCCGCAGUUCCGAGCUGGCUUUCAGCAGAAUAUGGCAGUGGUCGUAGCCGAAUUGCCAGUCAAGCAGCGCCGCAGCGUGGUAUUCGCCGAGGAGCCAAGUAGUCCCCCUCCCUCGAGCAUACUCUCAGAGCAGGCGCGCCUUCAGCGCAUGAUGCAAAGACAUGAGAUGUCUGUCAGCGCGACCAGGCAACAGAAUUUGGAGACCAUCGUGCCCUUCGCCAGGGACUGCCAGAAGAGGCUGGACAGCUUGCAUGGGUGGGAGAGUCACGGCAUCCACCUCAAGCAGCAAGAGGCCACAGAAGCAAUGAAGGUGGUGGAGCAGUUUGUGCUGGCAACCAGCAACAGCCAGUUUCCAGUAACCGUUCUCGAUGGUGUCCUCCAUGAGGACAUGUGCCGUGCCUUCAUCGAUGUUCACGAGAAGGUGGGCUUUGCCAGGCCUCCCUCACUGCUGGAGCACUUGGUGGAAACAUCGAUGGAAGAUUUCGAAGACGGGGAAGAAGAGGAUCUCCUAGUGAAGCUGGCCUACGAACAAGCCAAGAACACGUCUGAGCUGGUCCAGAUCGAGUCCUCAGACUUUGCAGACUACCUCUGGGAGAAGCUCGAGCACUACCUUCCGGAGCGCCACCAGAACGACCGAGGCUUCGCCACCGGCGUCUAUGAAAAAUGUGGCGUCAUCCCGGUCUUUCGGUUCAUGAGAUACCAGAAGGGCCAGGGCUUCAAGGCUCACAGGGAUCCUUCACGCUCCUAUGUGGAGAACCCUGUGAAGUCAAGCGCCUCAACACACGGCGAGCCAGGGAUCUACAAGUCCUUCUUCACCAUCGCCUUGUACUUAAACGAUCCGGCCGUGUUUGAGGGCGGCAAGCUCAAUUUUGUCAAGGUUCAAGUCGAUCAAAGUGGCUCAAAGGAGUACGAGUCACAAGCCAGUGUCUGUCCGGCCGUGGGCCGCUGCGCUCUCUUUGCGCACGACGAGUUGCACGAAGGGGGGGGAGUGCAAUCUGGAACCAAGUACAUGUGCCAGUGUGAUGUCCUGUACAAAUGGGUAGACACGGUGAUCUCUGCCUUUUCUUUGGGAUACCGGCACGUGGACACUGCCGCCAUCUAUCAGAACCAGAAAGGCGUCGGCGCAGCCUUGGCUGAGAUGAAGAUGGAGCGGGACGAGUUCUUUGUCACAUCAAAGAUUCCAGGAGGUCUCAACGCCUCCGCCACAGCCGCCGCCGCUGAUGCCUGCCUCGAGGAGCUGGGCUUGAAAUUCGUGGAUCUGAUGCUGAUCCAUUUCCCCGCGGACUUCGGCAAGAAUGGCUCGGCGAAGGAGCGCCAGACAGAGUGGACGGCCUUGGAGAAUUGGGCCAAGUCGGGCAAGGCUCGAGCAAUCGGCGUGUCCCACUACUGCCGCCGACAGCUCGACGACGUGCUGAAGGUGGCCACCGUCCCGGUCGCAGUGAACCAGGUGCAAUACCACGUGGGCAUGGGGACCGCCCCGACGACCUCCACUGACGACCGGGACUACAUGAGGGCCAAGGGGGUACUGUACCAAUCCUUCUCGCCACUUUGCGGCCCAUGCAAUCCGCCGGACAACACGGAGCUGCUCAACGGCACCCUCAUCACCGGAAUUGGCGCACGCUACAACAAGACCGGACCCCAGGUGGCGCUGCGAUGGCUUGUGCAACAGGGCAUCCCAGUGAUCCCUAAGAGCCACGUCGCCGCGCACCAGAAGGAAAACGCCGACAUCUUCGACUUCAACCUGCAGGCGCAAGACAUGGCCAUUCUUACGGCAGCUAAGCGCCCGGCCGUGGGAGGCGGCCCUUCUCCCCAGGACAGCGGCGACUGCGGAAUCCUGGAAGAAGAGGAGAAAGUGAUGGUCGUCUGA